CCUCGUCAACCUGUUAGAACCGAUUGAUAUUCGCUAGACAUGGGCUACACAACGUACGCAUCGUUUGGACUCCCGUCAUUCCUCGUUGUCAUAGUUGCUUUGUAUUUGCUAUUCACUGAUUCUGGAGAAGCGUUUGAUGUUGGUCGGUUUCUUGAGGAAACCAGCCCGUUCGUCUGGGGUUCACUCGGAAUUGGACUUUGCAUAGGCUUGAGUGUUCUCGGAGCAGGAUGGGGAAUAUUUUUGACUGGGGCAUCGAUACUGGGUGGAGGAGUAAGGACUCCAAGAAUUAGUACCAAGAAUCUGAUCAGCGUCAUUUUCUGCGAGGUGGUUGCAAUUUACGGAGUGAUCAUGGGUAUCGUGUACUCGUCCAAACUCCAAACGGUGCCCGAAGCGCAGCUCUAUACCAGAGAUAACUAUUUUACUGGAUAUGCCCUAUUCUUUGGUGGGCUCACCGUUGGAUUCUGUAAUCUUCUUUGCGGCCUUUGCGUCGGUAUCGCCGGCAGCACUGCUGCGCUCGCUGACGCAGCUGAUCCUACACUGUUUGUGAAGGUACUUGUAGUAGAAGUGUUCGGAAGCGUGCUGGGACUUUUCGGACUGAUAAUUGGCCUUCUGAUGAUUGGGAACGCGAAGGAAUUCUUGCCAGGAUCGCCUGCAGUGUCCAUCAUACGUAUAUGAUUGAAGGCUUGUCAUACAUGCAAAGCGUACGCUCAAUGUCAUCUAUGUUAAUUCGCCAAGGUAUGGCUAGUCAAUGCAUCGUCACCGAGCACCUGUGUCCGUACACAUAGCUACCACAGGAACAGGUAUUUUGAGCGGAUACAUCGCGUAUAUUUUAAGUAUCGUCCUUCUGCACCAUGCCCUCCGAUAUCGAUACGAAGUCCAAUGACUCCGAGUAAUUGCAAUAUCUAGAGCAGUCCCUACCCUCAGGAUACUAAAUUCGAAUGGCGAAUGUCU